AAAUAAAGGAAAAUGAAAAAAAGACCCUCCUCCCUUUCCUUUCUCUCUCUCCCUCAAUUCCUCCUCAACCAAACACACCACAUACAGUAGAGAGAGAAAGUUGUGUGGAGAGAGAGAGAAGGAGAGAAAAGAGAAAGGAAAGAGAAAAUACUGCCAAAGAAACAAAAAAAAAAAAAAGAGAUAUCUCAUCUCCUCUCCUCUCUUCUCCUCUCUUUUCCUGGAUCUUCAUUUCUCUGUUCUUCUUCUCUUUGUAGAUAAAAGAAAUUUUCGAUCUCUUCUCCUUUUCUUUUCUUUCUUUUGUUUGUAAUUUUGUUGUAAAUUUGACUUUCGGCCAUGCGGAGAGGCAGAGCAGCCGCAGCGGCCAAGCAAGCGGCGGCGGCUGCAGCAGCCGGAGAAACCAAUGGAUCUGGAGGAUCUAAAGAGAUCAGAUUCCGUGGUGUAAGAAAAAGACCUUGGGGAAGAUUUGCCGCCGAGAUCAGAGACCCCUGGAAAAAAACUCGAGUUUGGCUCGGUACCUUUGACUCAGCCGAAGAUGCGGCUCGAGCCUACGACGCCGCUGCUCGGACUCUCCGGGGUCCGAAAGCUAAAACCAAUUUCCCUUUGCCAUCAACCUCUUCUUAUCAUCAUCCCCACCAGUUUAGUAAUUAUCAAAACCCUAAUAACCCUAAUUUUAAUAAUAAUGACCCUGCCAUGUUUAUAGAUCACCCUCAAAACCGGUUGUAUCACCCGGAGCCGCACCAGAUUUUGCACCCUCAGCGGCCCACUUCUAGCAGCUUGAGUAGUACUGUGGAAUCUUUCAGUGGUCCCAGACCUCAGACGACCGCCGCGGCGGCGACUUCCAUGAUUCCGUCCAGUUCCAGAAGACAUCCUCGGUCGCCGCCGGUGGUGCCUGAUGAUUGUCAUAGCGACUGCGAUUCAUCCUCCUCCGUUAUUGAUGACGGCGAUUGCGACAUCGCUUCGUCUUCCAUCCGGAAGCCGCCAUUGCCAUUUGACCUCAACUUGCCAGCGCCGGUGGAUGUUGACGCUGAUGACCUUCACUGCACAGCUCUAUGCCUUUAAUGGAUGUUCUGAUCUGUCUGAUGAUAAUAUGAUUUCCGAACAAUUCGAUAUGGAUGUUCGGAUUUUCCUUUUUCUCUAUUUUUUCGUUUUAAGCCGGAAAAAUUCCCCAAAAAAAAAUUGAAAAAAAGGGUCAUAGGCAGGGUAAGACUAAGGUGAUGCUGUAAGAGAGAUGAGAUUGGCGGGUCAUAUGUUGGUCUGUCUGCUAUGAGUCUGUUGUCUGAAGAGAAAUUACCUCUUUUUUCCUAAAAAUAUUCUUAAGAUUAUGAUUUUAAUGUUAUUAUGGUUAGAGGAAUGACUGAGAUGGAUGCUUUGAAACAUGGGCUAGAGUGUGAUAUGAUAUCAUAAAUGUAUGAUGAACUGAUUACUCUUAUUUUUGUAUCUUAACUGUAUGGGAGCUUUGGGAUGUAGAGCAGUCUCUACUGUUGUUGUUGCUCUUGAAGUGAUACGAUAUUUACUUUAGUAUUUACUUGUAAAACUAGACUGGGUCAUACAGUUCUGAGGUGCAGCUCAUGUUGAUUUACGAGGAUAUGAACAUUGCCACCCUUUGUUUUAUGUAAAA